UAAAACUAAAUUGAACACUGCUUUUUAUACCCACAAGUAUAUCAAUUAAAUUCUCAUUCUCGAAAAAUAAGUGAACCAGCAAACAUGUUCUACCAACCAUUUCUUGCACUUUUUCUAAUGUCUUACAUUAGUGUGACAACCCAAACACCAACACUUAUAUCCCAGGAAAUUGUAAUUUGCGAAGGUAAAUACAAUAAAAUCGAAUGUCCUGAUAGACUGAGGAUCAGGAUAUCAUCAGCAUUUUACGGAAAUGCUGGUUAUAGCGUUUGUGGUAGUAAGGGAAAUAUAGAAUGUUAUAACCCCAAGACACUGGUUAAUGUGCAUGAGAUGUGUGAGGGAAAAUAUGAGUGUAUUUUGAUGGCAGAUAACGACAGUUUUGGAAAUAAGUGUCCAGCCGGAAAUAAUCACUUGAAGGUCGGAUUCACUUGUGAAAGAUUUUGAGGAUCCAAUGUUUAAUAAUAUAAUUCACAUAUAAAAAUAUUACAAAUAUGUUUAUAUUUGUCAAAUAAAUUUAAAUAUGUGACCAAUAAAAAAGCUUCCUUAAUUUUUA